AUGACUGAUAAUCCUUAAUAACCACAUAAAAGUAAGCAAGAAAUUUAAAGGGAACAACGUAAAGAGCUUGCUAGGGAACUAAGAAAGGCUCACUUCGAUUUAGGAUUUAAAGAAGGGUUUGAUGAUGAAACCAGGUACAGAGAGUUUUAUAAAUGGUAUGAUUUAGAAUAGUCUGAAAAAACAAAGCAAGAAAUGCUCAAAUUAAGAAAUGACUUAAGAUCUACUCACUAUAUUUUAGGAACUGAUGAUCCGAACAAAUUAUUUGUUUCAACUGCGACCCAAUCAUUUGUAAAACCUGUAAAUCCUCAAGUUUCUUAACUUUCAGUUGAAACUAAAAAUGAUCUCAGAUCUCAUCAUUUUAAUCUAGGUCAUUAUAAUGAUAAAGUUUUAUCUGAUUAUAAAUUAAAUUAUGAUUAAAAAUAAAUCGAUCCUGAAACUUUGAAAGAUAGAAAAGAGCAAAUAAAUUUUUUGAGAAAGCAUAAUCAUGACUUUGGAGAUAAGAAUAAUUAUCAUUCUUCCAUGUACAAUGAGAACUUUAACAAGUCUUAUGAUCCUUAAUUCUUAAAAUAAGGAAAGAGCAAAGAAGAAAUUAUGUAGCAAAUUGUUGAUUUACGUAAAACAAACUUGGUUAUGGGUAACAACAAUCCCUAAUUCACUUCCGAAGCUAUGUCAGAAUUCAAUAACAAGCCAUAAGCAUUUAGAACAUAAGUUGAUUUAGGCUUAAAGAAAUCUCACUUUAAAUUAGGUGAAGAUCCUAGCUUGUAUGAAACAACUACAGCUAAAACUUACUAAGGCAAACAAAUGUUUUAACAUGACCCUGAAAAAAUCAAGGCACUUUCAAAAGACUUGAGAGCUGAACAUUUUAAACUUGGUAACGAUCCUUAAAGCUAUACUUCUGAAGCAGCAGCAAAAUUUAAAGAAUUCGACAAAAAUUCACUCACUUAAUAACCCGAUAUGUCAUAUCUUUAUCGUUCUCAUUUUAAUCUAGAAGGAUUCGGAGGCAGUAACCCAGUGUAACACUAUGUUUCUAACUAUAAAUAAAAUUAUGAACCUAAAGCUGCUUAAAAGUCUGAAGCUACAAGAAAUGAUAGAGCAGAUAGGGGCUCACAUAUCGUAUUUGGUUCUGAUAAAAUAGACGACCAAUUUAAAUCAGAAGCUUAGAAGAACUUUGUAAACUUUGGAAGAUAAGCUCCCUCUGCUCUUGAAAAAGAAGUAUAAGCAGACUUGAGAAGACAUCAUUACUAAUUUGGUACAGAUCAACCAGAGAUGAUUAGUGAAAUGAAAAAGACUUUCAACGAUAAAACAAAAGAAUCGAGUUAGAGUAAGUUGGAUCCUAAUUUAAUCAAAGACUUAAGAAGUAAUCACUUCGAAUAUGGUACCAUGGGCAACGAGUAUACUACAACUAUGCAAGAUAUUGGUAGAUACUAAUGCUAACCCUCUAGAUUAAAUCCAGAGUUAGCCAAAGACUUAAGAUCACACCACUUUAGACCAGGUGAUCUUGAAAAAUAUUAUGAUACUACAUACAGACUAGCCUUCAUAGAUUUUAAGGCAGUUUGA